GUUAACUAAUAAAUUAAUUCAAUAGAGAAAUAUCAAAUUUCCUACCAAUAAUCAAAUACAGGUAUAGAGCAAUAUCUUAAAAUAAGCAUGCUAAGUAAUUAUGUCUCAGAGCUAGAAAAAGAAUCUAAGCUCAAAGAAGGAAUGCUAAUAAAGCUAAACUUUAAUUAUCGAAGCAUAAAGUCAAUAGAUCCUAUCAACUAAAGAUACUAAUUCAUUAAAUAGCUAUAUUUGAAUCACAAUCAGAUAGAAUCAUUGAAAGGGAUAGAAUAGUUUGCAAAUUUGGAAGAGCUCCACAUAAAAUUUAAUUAUAUAAGUUCAUUAGAAGAAUUGGAAAGAAUACAAAACAAGUAGUAUUUAACUAUAUUAAAUUUAAAGGGAAAUCCUGUUGAAAAGAAUUCUAAAUGCUGCUUUGAUUUUUUAAUUAGCACAUUCCAUAAUUUAAACGAGUUAAAUGAAAAUGUUAGAUAUAAUAACUCUUCAGCGAGUGGAACAGGAUUGUAUUUAAAAGACCAUUUUAAUUCUUCAAGAGGAACUCGCUCUAUUUCGUACACUAAUUUUAAUAGCAGAAACAAGCAAAAGCUUAUUUCGAAUGCUAAGGAACUUGUCUAGGUACUUGAAAAUACCAUCUAAAGAUAAAAUAGUUGCAGUGGGCUUAAAUCAUACAGAACUCCAAAUAAAUAUAUCUAAGUAUAAAAUAUAUAAACAGGAAACAAUUUUAAUCUAAAUGAAAUUAAUUCUCUUUGCACUGAUAGAGAAUAUUACAAUACAUAAGCCUAAACAACUCAUAGAUAAUUAUAAAAUACUCUAACAACUAAUCAUAUCAGAAACGGAUAUGAAAGCAGUAGAGAUUAGUUAAAUGGAAUGCUCAGCUCUAGAAUGCUUAAAACAUUCUAUUCGCAAUAAAAUAAUAGUAGCCUAAUUAAUAACAAUUAAAUGUAAACAAACUCAAUUAAUCAAAAUAGCAUCAAUGUGAAUUAAAUAUUAAAUUAGAAUAAAAGUAGUUAAAAUAUAGGAAUAAUUAAUUAAUUUUUAAACACUCACUCUUCCAGAGUUAAUUCAAUUGAAAAAUAAAUUUAAUAGUAGUAAGAUUCUUCAAAGAAAUAAUCAUAGCAAGCUUAAUUUAAUUAGAAUUUUAAUGGAUCUAUUUAGACAAGAUUUAACAAUUAGGUAUAGGGUUUUGAAUAGUCCCUUUAAGCUUUAUCUGCAGUGAGUCACAGACCAAAAUCUAUAUCUAAUUACAGCACUAAUAUUACAUAAGAGCUACAAACAAAUGUCUAGAGCUUAAGGAACUAGACUUCUUAUGGAUAACUUAACACUAAAAACUUUGAUGGUAACUAAAUUCAUAAUUUGAAGUAAGAUGCUGGUCAUAUUCAAAAUAGCUAGAGGAGCAUAUCUCAAUAUAACUCUAGCUAGAGUAGUUGUAAUUAAAUCAGAUCAAACUAAGGCCAUGUUUAAAGUUAAUAAAAUUUCAAGAGAAACUCUUCAACUUAAGGGUUAACAAAUAAUAUUUAAAAUUAUAAUGAGAACAUAAAUUUAGCUUAAAACUACAAUAGUGUUUCCCCUCAUUAAGCAGAUGCUUGUCAAAAUAGUUCUUAAAAGAAAGGCACUGUUAUGACAGAAGGAAAUUCAAUUAUAAGCUUUAAUUAGAGCAAAGUACACAUGUUUUAGUAACUUUCAUUUAAAAAAGAAUAGGUUUAGCAAAACAGCUACUAGAAAUCUAGAUAAAAUAGUGAUCUUUCCUUAUGUAAUGUAAACUCAAUUAGUAAUAAUUAUAAUUAAAAAGAUUACCCUUCUCAAAUCUUACAACCCACGAAUAGGAAAUUGUUUCCUCCUGAGAAUUAAUCAGAAGCUCUAUCCUAAUAAUAGAAUAAUUCAAAAUAUUUAUCAAAUAGGUAGGAAAUGCUAAAUAUUGUUGAAAAUCAAAAAAUAAUUAAUGCUACCUUGAAUCAAAAAAAUGUAAUUUAUGAUGAAAAUAAUAAUUCAAAAAGUUUGAAACAAUAACCUAUUAGUUAAAUUAAUAAAUUGGUUGAUUUAGGUAAAGAAAAUAAUAAUAUAUAAAAUAAUUUUAAUUAAAAGAGUGGAUUGCAAAACAAAUAAUUUAAUAAUCAGUCUUAUAAAAAUUAAAAUAUGAAAAUCAAUUUUGUGUCUUCACAAUAAUAAGAUUUAAGCAAAAAUAUGUAGAUAAAUUCUAAUUAGCAAAAAAAUUAAUAAUAAAAAAAUAUAAUUGAUAUUUAGGAAGUAUAAACAAAGUAAAUAGCUUGCUAAAGUAAUUAAGAGAUAUAAGAUUAAAAUUUUUAUGAUAAUUAAUCUUAUUAACAGUACAAUAGUAUAAAGAACAACAACUAAAGAUUGUUGUUGAAUAAUACAAAUAUAAAUUACAGUUCCUAAUCUAAAAAAAACCAACAAAAUCAUUCAAUAUCAUUUUUGAGCAAUGAAAACUGCCAUACUGUAGCAGCAAACAACAGAUAUAGUAGCAACGAUUAGCAGAUACAGACUCAAAGAAGUGUAGCAAAUUAACAUGAAUCUAAUUAGAUAAAUCCGAACAACUCUUUACCUAUUUCAACUGAAAUUGACAAUGGUGGAUACAGUUCAUCUUAAGUCACAAAUUAAAUUGACAAUUAAACUGAGACUGUUUAGCCAUUUUGUUCUACUACUUCUGUGGAUUAAAUUCCUAUAUCCACUAGCAUAUCUAUUACCCCUAAUUUAUAGAAUUAGCAAUAAAGUUAAUUACAGAUAAGAAAUUCAACUUCGAAUGAAAGCCUAUUUACAAGAGGCGUGCCAGUUCAUCAUGUAAACUAAGCAACUGCUACUUUUGCCAAACAAAGUAAAUUAUAAAGAGAAAAUACUCAAGAAGGAGGUCCUUUCAAUUUUAAAAAAUGUUAAAGCAAUCUGUAAAUAAUUGGAAACCAAAAGCAUUUGUAAAACGAAAUUUAACAAAGCUACAAUAAUUAUCCUUUGGACACUCAAAAUAAUCCCUUAGAUACAGACUUAUCAUUCGAUAAUAAUUUAGUUCCAUUUCAAAAUCAAAAUAAACAAAAGAAGAGAGCCUUUUCUUAAAAUUAGAAUGCAAACUUUAAUGGAAUAGGUUCAACGAAUAAUUUAUAGAACUAACAAGUAACAUCUUAAAAUUAAUUUACAUAAAAUUCUCAGUAACUAUAAUCUAAUUUUAAUGAGAUGGCUUCUCUCAAUUUGAGUAGAAUUUCUCAUAUAAAUGGUAAAAGUUUCAUGAAUAUCUCUAUUCCUCAUAUGAAAUUUGAUGGAUGUGUCCUUGAAUCUUAAGGUCAAUUCUAAAUCGAAGAUGACAAUAAUAUUCUAGUUUCAAAUAACAUAAAUCCAAAUAACUUAUCUACUUAGUUUUUGAGUGUUCCUCCUUAGUAACGAAGAAGUGUAAUUAUAUCUGAUAUAAUAAAUUAAGGGAAGUAAUAAUGCUAAAACUCAUCUUAAAAUUAUUAAAAUUCUGUGACAAAACAAGAUAACUAAUAAAACAUAUUAAGAUAAUCUUCUAAUUUAUCUUUUCUAAAUAAAAGCUCUGUUUUUUAUAACGAUCGUUUGAAUCUGCAUAUAGAAAAUAUUGAUACAGAUAUUGAGUAACUAGCUAUCUUUUUCUACUAAAAGUCUCUUAAAGAAAAAGCAUUCAAGUCUCUAUUUUAUUUAAAAGCAUUUAAUGCCAUAGAAUAAAAAAUUUAAUAACCUCAACUUUAAUAGGAGACCUAAUAAUAAAGCAGAUACAAUUCAAGUUUGAAAAAUUCAACUUAAUUUGCUUAGGGAAAAGCAGCUUCUCCUCUUAGUUAACUUUAAAAUUCAAAUAAAUAAGAAAAUCACUCAUAGACACGCAGUAGUUCUUCUCUAAAUAAUAUUUAAAUAUCACGUUAAUCUCCUCUUCAUACUUAGAUAUCUUCUCCUAAUUUAGCUAACAACGAUGUCAACAAUUUAUAAAUCUUAAUUACAUAAAAUUCUAUUAAGAAAUAACCUACUGCUGAAUCAGGCUAAGAAAAUGUAGCAAAUUUUGUCUAAAUUAAAGACCAAAAUUAGAUGUGUAACAAUUAAUCUUAAUCCAUAAAUGAUUGCAGUGGAAUGGUAAUGCAUUAAAACACAUUAAAUUACUCCGAAGAAGAUGAAAUGUUACUAACCUAGCACAAUCUUCCAUUAUAAAGAGAUUACAAAUGGACAAACUGA